CGGUAGUUCAAACAUAUACAUCAAGCGUUGUUGUAGGUUUGUUGUGAACGAUGAGCAGGUUAACAGAAGAAAUGGUUGUUGCGAGAACAAAAACAUCAGAUAUAUCGUUAGUGCGCAAACUGAAUUGCUGGGGAAGCAAUCUAUGUGAUGUAAGCCUUCUUAGGCGCAUGCCAAAUGUUGAACUGCUUUCGUUAAGUUUCAAUCAGAUAUCCACCCUGAUAGAUAUGCAGUACUGCAAAAAUUUGGCAGAGUUAUUUAUAAGAAAAAAUCUGAUCUCGGAUAUCAACCAACUAUGCUAUCUUCAAGACUUACCGUGUUUAAGAACACUGUGGGUUGAUGACAAUCCUUGUACACAGUCUAAAGACUAUCGGUUAACUGUCCUGAGAGCUCUACCAAAUCUUAAAAGACUAGAUAACAUAGAAGUGAAGCCAGAAGAAGUCUCGGAAGCAAUGCAAAUGGGGAUGCCACUCAUUCACCCAGAGAAAGCUGUUGCUCCAUCUCCCAUGAUGUCUUCUGUGCCAAGACUGUCUCCAAGCCCUUCAGCUGAAGAAGGACCCAACCAAGAACUGGAUGAUCGUUACUAUGAACCCUAUGAAGAACCAGAAUUAAUGGAAAACAGGUGUCACAUGCGACAGGGAAAUACAAGAAUACAUAAUAACCAUGUAGAUGCUGAUGAACACUUGGAAACCCCAGUAUUGCGACAACAAUCUCCAAAAGCUGAAAUGUAUGAAAUGGAUCGUCAGAAUGCUAAUUAUGAAAAGAAUUCUUCCCGAUGUUCUAAUCAAAACAACAGGACAGCAAACCAGCCUGAUUGCUCUUCUUCAUCUGGAAGUGUAAAACUAGCACGCACACCAACUGAUUACACAAAUGAGGCAGAUUUACGGCCUGAGAUUUAUGAAAUUGAAUACAGGGAGACAAAUUAUACUCCCAGGCGGUAUCACGACAGUGGCAGUGAAGAAAGUUAUGAUCAUUAUGGAAGUCAUUACGAAGAAGUUUAUCACCAUCAGGGACAAAAUAUGGAGCUAUCACAUAGAAAUAUUGCUUCCCAUGGACAAGUUAACUCAUACAAUCCAGCCAGCACAUCAUUUUAUAAAAAAACUAGUUCUUCUGAAGAAAAGUUCAGGUGCCCUUCUGAGCGGUCUAUGUCAUAUGUAUCAAAGCAGCGGAAGUCUGGUCACAUGAAUACAAAUGUGCUUUCCGCUGUCCUGCUGCUCAUAAAGGAACUUGAUUAUGCCAGCUUAGAAGUCUUGGAAAAUGCUGUAAGAUCACGAUUAAAUGAAUUUGAGAACUGACUCCAGAAAAACUGUGUCUUUGUGUCUGUUGUAAACUGGUAUGUGGAGUAUGGAAAGAUAUCACUCACUCAAAAUGAGGCAGUCAGAGCUGGCUAUAAUGUACAAAAAUAUGAGAGACAAUACAUAUACAUCACUUUAUUAAGUGUGACCUCUUAGGAAAUUUUAGUUGCAAGCACAAAUGGCUCUUAGUUGCUUCUUACUGCUAAUACAUUUAAAACAAUCAGUGGACUCUUUCCAUAUUCUUUGCGUUCAUUGUUCAAAAAUUUUGUUUUCUGUAAUCAUGUGUUAUUUUUUAUUUUAAAAUGUCGUAGUUACUGUUACCAUUGUUAACAUGCUGACAGUUAGCAGUGCUGUUUUUCAUUCUGUGUUAAAACUCGGGCUGCUGUAAUUGAUACUCAUAUUUAUUGACAGUUGUCACAAUUUUUUGUUGUUGUUAAUAUUCCCACUACUGUAACUUGUAGUGAUAUAUUAGAAAUAAUUUUUAACAGUAACAGUGCUACUUAUCUGUGUUUAUGAAUCUUUGGAAGAAAAUAUUUUAUUUUGACUGAAGUAAAUGUAAUGAAAUUUUGAGUUGAAACAGAUGUUGGUAGCUAUUUAUCAUGUUUGUGCACGUCAGCGCUUUAUAAAGUUUUUUUCUAAACUUUUUGUGUUAUGUUGGUAAGUUCAUCUUCUCUGUGGCGACUAGAUAUUUUUUUAUCUACUAGCCAUCAUGAAUAUAUAAACAAGAAAACACAAUUGAAAGCAUUAAAAUUUGUCAGCUGUACUGACUUGAUAACAAGGAUAAGAGCUAUUUAGUAGUUCUCUCAUUAUUGGUAAAUAAGUCACUGGUUGAUGAAUAAUACAUGUAUCUAUACUGUUUUGAGUUUAAUCUGCAACAAGCACUUUUUGUGUAAAUCAGUUGUGUGAUUUUAAUUUUGUGAAGAUGGGAAAUAUGAAAUGUUCUGUUCAAAGUGAUGAAAAUACUUUAAACAGCCUUUGGUUAAAAGAUAUGUUUUCAUAAAAUAUAACAAGGACACAAUUUUAAGUGUUAUUAAAUAGAAACAUUUUCAAUAUUUGUAGAUUGUGUGCUGGCACUGGAUUUCUCCUUUCCGCUUCUUAAUUCCCAUCUUUAUUCGCAAUAUGCAUUGAAUGAUGCUUUUCAUACAUUUGUUACAAGUAUUUACUUUAUAUGAUAAAACAUUAAUCCCAAACUUCUGUUCUGGUAAAGAUAUUUCACUUGUAAUGACUGGUUACAUUGUUGGUGCUUGCUGUUUGCCACGUGAUCCACAUACCUGGCCAUGGCCAGUGUAGUUUCCCCUGUCCUAUUUAAUCAUAUCAUUAGUCAACUUGUCAUAACUCUGUUACUAGAAUCUGAGACUCAACAUACACUUUACCUAGGUUAUGCAAGAGAUUGUGCUGGUUUAGAAUGGAAGAAAGUCUUAAUUCUUUAUUACCCAGCCUCACAAUGUUGAUACUAGAGGAGCAAAUAAAUAAGUCUUCAGUGUCUCCCAGAUAAUUUACAGCUUUUAAUAUUAGGAACUGCGUCUGUUGUAUUAUUUUUCUGGAAGGAAUUUAUAUGUGAGGAGCAAAAUAGCCACUAAUAAAUGAAAAAACUUUGUUUUGAUUUUAAAACUCAAAACAGAUAGAAUAAUCAGAAUUUCAAAAA